GGCUUUUGUGGGGACCGAAAUUAUUUUUUUGUGUCAUGCGGCAGUUUUUUACGUCAACUUCGAUUCCGUUGGGAAUACCACUGGGUGUUGCAUGUUAUUAGAUGUAACUAUUUCACCCAAGAUUAUCUGUAGAAUUCACAGAUGAUUCUAAAUAACGAGACAAAAAACACCCCUCCUCUUUACUAACAAUAUGUAACACUUGAACCCGCAAUUAGUUCGCAACCUCAACUUGGUCUGCUCAUCUAAUCAUCAAACAAACAUUCAGUAUGCAUAAAUAAAAAAAAAUAAAAAAAAAAAAAUAGAGAGCACAACAAAGAAGAGCAUUCUGCAAAGGUGUAAUGCCUCACAAGUUAGCGGGUAUGUCCCCACCAGAGGAGGCCGGUACUAAUAAAUAUACGGAUAAAUUCCGAUUCUUUGCAUUGACAAGACGUUUUUUUUUCUGUAUAAGGCACUGAGAAAAUGUAUGAGCUCUUGCUAAUUCUUCAAUUAGGUGUGCUUACCUUAGUACUGGCAGUAUCACCAUCAAAUAACUAUGCCCCAGCAGUAGUCCAAUGCCCUGCUAUCAAUAAUGGAUCCUUUUUACGUGAGGCAUCCUCGAUUUCUGACCAAGAAAAGGCUUGGGUCGAAUCACGUCAACAAUACACAUCUUCAGCAUUAGUUGACUAUCUUGAUCGAGUCGAACUUACGGACUUUGAUGCUGCUGAAUUUAUGCAGAAUGCUUCAAGCCCCCCUAAUAUUGGCUUAGCCUUUUCCGGAGGUGGCUUUAGAGCAAUGUUAAACGGUGCUGGUCAUUUAGCGGCCUUGGAUAAUAGAACUGAAAAUGCUGAUGAAAAUGCAUUAGGAGGUAUUUUACAAGCUUCAAACUAUGUGAGUUCCCUUUCUGGAGGAGCUUGGCUUAUGGGUUCUUUGAUAAUGCAAAAUUUCACCAGUGUUCAACAAAUCGUUUAUGAUGAUAAUCAGAUUAAAACUUGGGAUUUAAGCUGGGGUCAUCAACUUUUUGCAGACGUUCAAGCGGUAGCAUUAUCAGCUGCACUUGCAUUGGGACAACUUGACAAGGUGAUCAAUUAUUUGAACUCCUGGAGUUUCACCAAGGGAGGAAUUGCAGAAGAUUUAGCCGCCAAACAAAAGGCUGGAUUUAAUACCACUAUCACAGAUGCAUGGGGAAGAUUGUUAUCUCGUCAAUUGUUCCCCAGCAAGAAUAACUAUUUGGACUCUUCAUUAUGGUCAGACAUUAGAAAUUAUGAUGUUUUUAAGAACCAUCAAAUGCCAUUCCCACUUGUGGCUGCUCUUGGUAGAAAACCUGGAACAUACGUGUAUAACAUGAAUUCUACCAUUGUUGAAUUCAAUCCUUUCGAGAUGGGAUCAUUUGAUCCUUCUGUAAACUCAUUUGCGGACUUGAAAUAUAUCGGAACAAAGGUCAACAAUGGGAAACCAGUUGAUUCUUGUAUCAAUGGAUACGAUAAUUCUGCAUUCAUUAUUGGUACUUCGUCAUCUUUAUUUAACGAAUUCCUUGAAACACUUGUAUGUGAUAGUUGUACCGGUGUUCCUUCCCUUUUAAAGCCAAUUCUCAAGUUCUUCCUUAAUCUUUUGAGGGUAAAAUAUGAAGAUGUUGCCGAGUAUAAUCCAAAUCCUUUCUACAAUUCCGAAUUUUCUGGAUCUACAAACUUAUCAUCUAAUGAUACACUUUAUCUCUUUGAUGGUGGACUUGGAGGUGAAAUUAUCCCUCUUAGUCCUUUAAUCGUCAAAGCUAGAAAAUUAGAUGCUGUAUUUGCAUUUGACUCUUCUUCUGGCUGGCCAGAUGGAAGCGCCUUGGUGAAUGCAUACGAAAGACAAUUUUCAGAUCAAGGUAAGGAGAAUAUUUUCCCUUAUGUUCCAGAUCAGGAAAACUUUUUGCGUCAAAAUUUAACUGCAAGGCCAACCUUCUUUGGAUGUGAUGCUAAAAAUUUGACAGCAUUAGAAAAAGAUGGUGUAAUCCCACCAGUGGUUCUUUAUUUUGCUAAUCGACCAUUCGAUUUCUUGACAAACACUUCCACCUUUAAACUCGAAUAUUCAGAUAGUGAAAAGAAGAGUAUGAUUAAGAAUGGAUUUGAUGUUGUGUCUCGUUUGAAUAUGACUCUUGAUUCUGAAUGGAAUGCAUGUGUAGGAUGUGCAGUCAUUCGUAGACUGCAAGAAAGAGACGGAAUUGAACAAUCUGAUCAAUGUAAGAAAUGCUUUGAAAGAUACUGUUGGGAUGGAACUCUUUUGCCAGCUGAACCUGGUUAUGUUCAGCCCAUGAACUUUGAUGCUACUGGAUUGAUCAACUCCACUAUGACACUCCCAAUUGUUGCUUGAGAUUUACUUAACGAGAAUAUUACGACAAACCCAUGAAAGAAAAAAAAAAUAUACACAAGGCCAAAAAAAAGACAAAAAUAUACACUAGAUUAUAUCGUAUGAACAGU